GUCCUCAAUGUAAUGUCCUUAUGUAGCGCCAUUCAGUUGCCGGUAUCCUUGCAAACAUUUUAACUGUUCCGGACACUAGGUUAAAGCAGCUGCGGGAGGCUGUCUGCCAAAAAAGUAGCGCAGGACUACACUUUCCGUAAGAUGUCUUGGGUGCUUUGAAAAGAAAAAAGACAUCAUCAACAGGCCCGCGACGGCCCUGACGAUAUCUGUUUGCUAACAGGAGUCCUGCCGUCCGAUAUUCUCAAAGGGAAAACAUGUUUGUAGAGAUGGCUUCGUCGCUUGGGGAGGUUACCGAGCUGGGCGUGACUGUGAGCCCCCACUCCAUUCCGGAGGACGCCCACCAGGUUCUCAGUCUUAUCAGGAACAACUGGAGGCGAGAAGAUGUCAGGUUCAAGCCAAUCGGCGAGACAGGCCACAUCAACUCCAUGACAGUCUGUUACGUCACAGCGGACAUGGCGGAUGCGGUGGUCCUGCGCGUGUUUGAAGCAGCAUACGAGUUUGUCAUGGACAGGAAGAGAGAGAUCCAGUGCACGAGACUACUCCAUCAUCUCCGUAUCUCCCCUCGGUUGCUUUGUACUUUCAACAACGGUGUUUGUUUUGAGUACGUCAACGCAGGGAGGUUUCAAUUUAAGGAUCUUUCUCCUUUUCGGAAUGUCAAAUUAGCCAGGGCAGUUGGCCGGGAACUUGCCAGGGUCCAUUGCAGGAAUACAUAUGAACUUGCCACCAGUAAAUCAUAUGACAUCAGGAUGGAUCCAGUUCCCUUUGAAAGUCUGCGGAAGCUUCUGGUGAACUGGCCAACAAGUGUAGCGAACCCGGCGGCCAAUGAGUUGUUCCAAAAAGGUUAUCCACCCCUCGAUGAGUUGAGUUCGGAAGUGGAAUCGGUGAUAUGUGUGAUCGAGAAGAUGGACCAGCCUCUUGUCUUCACCCACAACGACGCCAACCCCUCAAACGUACUCUACGAUAGGCUCAAAGAUAAAGCAACAUUAGUCGACUACGAGUUGUGUGGAUUCGGUCCGGCUACCUACGAUUUAGCCGUCUUUUUAGAGUUCUCGGCGACCGGUUUACAUCCCGAUAUCGACAACAACCGUCACACUGAAGCAUACCAAAAAUCCUUCCUGAGAGAGUAUUUAGAGACAAAGAGAGGAUUAGAUCACGCGGGUUGUGACGUCACUGAUGACGAUGUGAACAGAUUGUACGCCAUGACUUCAAAGACCAUGCUGUUGUUCUAUCUGAUGUUCGGCCUCGCAAUGGUCUACCAGGCGGCCAGACCGGCUAGUCAUGGUGUAGACCCAACAAUGUUUAUGAGGUAGAGGUUGGCGAUUUCAAGAUGGGAAUGGUACAAGCAGCACAGAGACGAACUUCUGACAACACCAAUUCCCGAAUAGGCAUCAGCGAUAUAAAAAAACCUCGAAGACAAACAUGAUCGAUGAACGGC